UCCCAGCUGGGGAUGAUGCACUACCUCUGGAGCUGUCCUCGCCAGCGACCACCGGGUUCGCUGGGACUACUGCUAUUGCUGCUGCUGCCGCUGCCACCGCCACUCGUCCUCAUAUCUCCCCUGGCAGCAGCGGCAGCAGUGGGCCCAAGCGGCUGUGACAACAUAUACCAGGGUUUCGCAAAGUGUCUCAUCAGCCUGGGAGACGGUAUGAAUCGUGGAGGCGAAUUGGAGACUGUCUGCAGGUCCUGGAAUGAAUUCCAUACCUGUGCUUCAAAAGUCCUGUCGGGGUGCCCAGAGGAGGCAGCAGCUGUGUGGGAGUCACUACAACAAGAAGCUAGGCGAGCCCCUCACCCAGAUAACUUACACACCCUGUGCAGCGCCUCGGUGCGUGUGCGGGAGCAUGGAAUGGCUCCGGAAACCAACCAGGAGACCCUUCGGGCAUUUACACCAUCAACCACCCCUACCCCCAAGCCCUGGCUGCUGGCUGCUGCUCUGGCACUGGCCUGCCUCCUGGGGCCUCUGGCCUAACCCUCUCUCACACCUUCAGCUCUGCUCUGGCAGCUGCCUUCAGGGCUCUGCACAGCGAUUUGGGCUUUCAUUAAAAGUAUUUAUAUUUGUACUAA